CUAGGCGAUGCACCACAGUUUCUUCCAAAUUUGACGAAUUCAUUAUCAUUUAUUGUUAAUUUCAGUCUUUCCUUCAUAUUGUAUUCCUGAAAGCUAUACAUUUUCCUGCUGGCUACCUCUGUCUCAUCAUCUCACCAUCAUCGGAUGCUCUGUACAAUGUUUGAUCGCAGGAUUCUUAUACGUGCCAAACUCUGUAUCAUGUUCUUCUUCAUCACUCUCUCUGCAAUUCUUCUUCUUCUCUGUGAAGACAUAACUAUCUCCUAUUGUUCCUUAAAUAAUAAAGCUCCUGAGAAGUUUCAGUUACAAUUGCAGAAACCCAGAAUUCAGAAAGCAAUACAGCCAACGCUUUCCCACGUACUCGUUGAAGAAGAAGAAGAAGAUAAUGAUGAUGAUCAAGGAAGCCAGAAGCCUCUGAUUCCUCCAUUGAAUGUCACAGAAAAGGAAAGGAUCGCUUGGUUCCGGAAAAGGUUUCACGACUUCAAGAUUUUCGAUUCAAGAAGCAAUUUAACUCGUCAGUUUCAUGCUAGAGUUUUAGGACUCUUCAGCCAUGGAUGUGAGGCUCAGUUCUUCAUGACUUGGAUUUACCCUGCGAAUCUGUUUAGAAGCAGAGAACUGUUAUCCGUAGAAUCUCUUUUCAAGGCUCAUCCUCGGGCAUGCUUAGUAAUCCUAUCAAGAACCUUAGAUUCCAAACAAGGGUACAGAAUUCUGAAGCCUCUGAUUGAUCGUGGUUUCAAAGUUGAGGCCGUGACACCGAAUCUGCCAUUUUUGUUUCAUAAAACUCCAGCAGAAAAAUGGCUUCAUGAUCUGAGAAAAGGGAAGAAGGACCCAGGUGAGAUUCCCUUAUCUCAGAACCUAUCAAACCUAAUAAGACUUGUGGUUCUAUACAAAUACGGAGGAAUCUAUCUGGACACAGAUUUCAUAAUCCUUAAACCCUUCAAAGGAUUAAGGAAUUGCAUUGGAGCACAGAGUAUGGGCUCUGUCUCCAAACAGUGGACUAGAUUGAACAACGCAGUCCUUGUCUUUGAUAAGAAUCACCCACUUUUGUCACAAUUCAUAGAAGAAUUUGCGUUGAAUUUUGAUGGUAACAAGUGGGGAUAUAACGGUCCAUAUUUAGUCUCCAGAGUAGUGGAGAGAGUGAAAGAAGAAGAAGAUGGUUUGAACUUGACAGUGUUACCUCCAAUGGCGUUUUAUCCUGUGGAUUGGACCAGAAUAGGAGGGUGGUUUCAGAAGCCAAAGAACAGGGGCGAAGCAAGAUGGGUCAAAGACAAAGUGAUUCAGCUCAGAGGAGAAACUUAUGGGGUUCAUCUGUGGAAUAAAUGGAGUGGCAAAUUGGCUAUUCAAGAAGAAAGUGUUAUGGCAAGACUUAUAUCACAGCAUUGUCUAAUUUGCAGUCAUGUAUAUAAUAGUUCUUAGCUAUGAUUUUUCUUUUGUGAACUCAACAUGUCGGUUUUAUUAGAAAGGCAAGAAAAAGUUGGUACUUGGUGUUUUUUUU